AUGUCUGAAAACGAAGAACUUGCGACAAUACUCCCUUCCGAUUAUAAACUAGACUAUGAUAAACUUGAAAUAACGCUUGUUGAUUACAGGUUUUUCUUACCGUUACCUACUGCGACUGUUCUAUGUCCGGAUACUUCCGUUGUUCUAGCAAGUUGGAAUAGAUUAUCGCAAAACGAUAAAAACGAGGCGUAUCCGCCGGUCGCUCCAAAUUUUAUUGCAGAAAUACGUUCAAAUAUGGUUACUGCGGAAGCUGUUCACCGAAAAAUGUGUCUGUAUAUGGAUGCAGGUGUUGAGGCUUUCUCUAUCGAUCCAAUUAAUGGAACUGCAAGGAUCUAUAGAGUUCAACGCAAUAAUAUCACUUGGUUGGAGUACACAAAUCCACUUAGCUUGAAAUCACGUGUUCUUAAUGGAUUCGUGCUAAACUUACAAGGAAUUCUCUAA